AUGGCGACUCCCAAUAAUGUUACUCCCACCAACUGCAGCUGGUGGCCCAUCUCGGCGCUGGAGAACAACGCGGGGAAAUCCACGGAGGGGGAGGAAAAUCACGACCCGACAGACCCCGCUCUCAAAUCCCAGGACAGAUUGGUUUUGUACCACUGGACCCAGUCUUUCAGCUCACAAAAGGUGCGGCUGGUGAUCGCAGAGAAGGGGCUGCCCUGCGAGGAGCGCGACGUCAGCAUGCCCCUGAUGGAGCACAAGGAGCCCUGGUUCAUGCGGCUCAACCUGGGCGAGGAGGUGCCCGUCAUCAUCCACAGGGACAACAUCAUCAGCGACUACAACCAGAUCAUCGACUACAUGGAGAAGAACUUCACGGGAGAGAACGUGCCACAGCUGAUCCCCGAGCCGGGCAGCCUGCUGCACUCGCGGGUGCUGCAGUACCGGGAGCUGCUGGACUCGCUGCCCAUGGACGCCUACACGCACGGCUGCAUCCUGCACCCCGAGCUCACCACCGACUCCAUGAUCCCAAAGUACGCCACCACUGAGAUCCGCAGACAUUUAGCUAACGCCACCACAGAUCUGAUGAAGCUGGACCAUGAAGAGGAGCCACAGCUAUCUGAGCCUUACCUCUCCAAGCAGAAGAAGCUCAUGGCCAAGAUCCUGGAGCACGAUAAUGUGAACUACUUGAAGAAGAUCCUUGGAGAGCUUGGGAUGGUGCUAGACCAGAUUGAGGCUGAGCUGGAGAAAAGGAAAUUGGAGUACCAAGGGCAGAAGUGUGAACUUUGGCUCUGCGGAUGCGUCUUUACUUUGGCCGAUAUCUUGUUAGGAGCUACCCUGCACCGCCUCAAGUUUCUGGGACUCUCUAAGAAAUACUGGGAAGAUGGCAGCAGACCUAACCUACAGUCCUUCUUUGACAGGAUACAGAAACGCUUCGCCUUCAGGAAAGUUUUGGGAGACAUCCACACCACGCUCCUCUCUGCAGUGGUACCCAAUGCCUUCAGGCUGGUCAAGAGGAAACCUCCCUCCUUCCUUGGAGCCUCCUUCCUGAUGGGAUCUCUGGGGGGAAUGGGAUAUUUUGCUUAUUGGUACUUAAAGAAAAAAUACAUCUAG